AUGCAGCAGCAAGGAUAUAUUAUUGAUGGCCAAUACCGUGUAAUCAAGCUUCUGGGAAGUGGGGCCUUUGGGGAUGCGUUCCUGGUGGAACACAUCAGGCUUAAGUCUUUAUUUGUCCUCAAGUGCUCAAAGUCGGCGAAAAGUAACGAUCUUGUCCUUGUAGAGGCAAAAAACAUGCUGUUGACUACGAGCGACCAUGUCGUUCGAUGCCAUAGAGCAUGGAUUGAACCAUUGGAUAAUCGAUGCUACAUGCUGCUAGAGUACUGUGACGGAGGGGACCUGGAGGAUUACCUUGGCCUCGCCUUUCCUUUUUCGGAGCCUCAACUGAUUUCGAUGUUUGCACAGUUGUUGCUGGGGCUUGACCAUGUUCAUCUGAAGCACCUCAUUCACCGGGACAUUAAGCUACAAAAUCUCUUGUUGCAGCGUUCCACUGGUAUUGUAAAGAUUGGUGAUUUUGGCCUAAGUAAAGCCCUUCAAUUUACAGAUGAAGUCUCUGUUACAAGUUUGGGAACACCACUGUACUUCUCUCCAGAGGUCGUGUCUGGUUUGGAGUAUACCAGGAAGACAGAUGUUUGGAGCAUGGGCGUGGCUUUCUAUCGACUGAUGACAAAUGAGCUUCCAUUUCCAGCAACCAGUGUGGAAGAAGUCUGUGAAUAUCUUGGAAAGAUACGAGCAGUGCAUCCAUGUCGACUGAGGGAAGGCUGUUACUCUGAGGAACUUGGAGAUUUGGUAAUGAAGAUGCUAACUAAGAGUCGUACCAAACGGCCCACAGCAAGGGAACUACUUGCACUUCCCAUUUUUGCUCCAGUGCUUUGCUCAUGGCCAUGGCAACCCCCUCGUCUUAAGGGAACAAGUUGUCUCUUUGUCUGUCGGCCGCAUUCCAGUGUUAACGUUCGGUCUCAACCAUCGUUGAAGGCUGAACGAAUUGGAGAAUUUGCAUAUGGCGAUCAUAUAUUUGUGAGCUGUGAGCAUCUGAAGAAUGAGGAGUCGACGUGGUACCGCGUUCUAUAUCCACUGGAGGGAUAUUGCAUCACAGCUACAAAUAAUGGCAAACAACUUUUUCAGAGGGUUGAUGAUCCCACCAGGUGCUCUCCGAUCUCUUGA